AUGAAGUCCAGGUGUGUGAAUCUUAAUUAUGGUAACCCGUCCCGGCAGAGCCUACUGGAGGGUGGCUGCCCCGCUGUCUCGCACAUCUCCAGAAGCCACAGCAGCUGCAGCGCCGAAACUUGUCGCCACGACCCUUCCACCGUGUACACGCAGCUCUCCUACCUCGACUCACCGCGCUCGACCUCCUCCAACGGGUUCGCCAACAGACGUAAAGUAGGCGGUGAGCUGAGCACGCGUCACUGGUGGCUAGUGGGGCUGGUCUUCCUAGUGGCGGCCGCGGCAGGGGUGGGGGUCGGCGUCCCCCUCGCCUUCAGGGGGGACCCGUCGGCCACCCUGGAGGAGAGGCUGCAGAUGGCGAAGAAACUCAUGUCGGAGUACCCCCUCAUUGAUGGGCACAACGACCUACCCUGGAACAUACGAAGCUUCAUCCACAACCAACUGGAGAAACUCAAACUGAACGAAUCGCUCAAGGAUGUCGAACCCUGGUCCGUCAGUAACUGGUCACACACCGACCUGCCGCGGCUCCUGGAAGGCAGAGUGGGCGGACAGUUCUGGGUCGCGUACACGCCUUGUGACGCACAGUACCAGAACGCGGUGCAGCUGACCCUGGAGCAGAUCGACCUGAUUAAAAGAGUCAUCAAGAAGUACAGUCAACAUCUAGAGCUCGUCACCACCUCGAAAGACAUCAAGCGAGUGUUUCAGAAUAACAAGAUCGCCAGCCUCAUAGCCAUCGAGGGCGGGCACGGCAUCAGCAACAGCUUCGGCUCGCUGCGGAUGAUGUACGAGCUGGGGGUGCGCUACCUCACGCUCACCCACGCCUGCAACACGCCCUGGGCGACCUCUUCGGUGGUGGAGAAGUCCUCGGGAAGAAUAGCCAAAAAUGAAAGCUUUGGCCUCACCGACUUUGGGAAGAAGAUCGUGCAGGAGAUGAAUCGGCUGGGCAUGAUGGUGGACCUGUCGCACGUGUCCACGCAGACCAUGAAGGACACGCUAGCGGCCACUAAAGCGCCGAUCAUCUUCUCCCACUCCUGCUCCCGCGCGCUCUGCAACAACCCCAGGAACGUGCCGGACGAUGUGCUCAGACAGGUGAAACACAACCGUGGCCUCGUGAUGGUGAGCUUCUACGCCGACCACGUCAACUGCAACGGAACGGCGAACGUAACGCAUGUGGCCAAUCACAUAAACCACAUACGGAAGGUAGCGGGGAUCGAUCACGUUGGCAUCGGUGCAGACUUCGACGGCAUAAACAAGACGCCACAGGGGCUGGAGGACGUCAGUAAGUACCCGUUUUUAGUGGCGGAGCUUCUGGCCGACCCCUCGUGGACCACCGUGGACAUCAGUAAACUCAUCGGCGAGAACAUCAUCAGAGUGUUCGCGGAGGUGGAGAGGGUAAGAGACCAGCUGAUGGCCAACGGAGUAGAGCCCCAGGAGGAGGACUUACACCCGGAAUACUUAAAAGGAAAAACCAAUUGCACUUACAUCUUUGACUGAACACCUCGAAGGCACCACCACCGCCAGUCACCCGCCUCCGCCACCACCACCACCACCGCCGAAGCCGCCACCGCCGCCGCCGCCGCCACCUCACUCUGGAAAUAAAGUUGGUGGAGAUUUUGUGGUGGGAAGGAAACAGAAAGAUGUGGUGGAGGGAUAAAGGGGUGGGUGUGGUUGUGUGUGUGUGUGUGUGUGUGUGUGUGUGUGUGUGUGUGUGUGUGUGUGUGUGUGUGUGUGUGAGGAGAAAUGAGAGAAAAACUUUACAUGAUCAGAAACUUACACUGCGAUCUAAAAGUUAUAUUCGUGUGUGUGUGUGUGUGUGUGUGUGUGUGUGUGUGUGUGUGUGUGUGUGUGUGUGUGUUGGUGCGUAGAGGUGACAGCCAAACAAACACAAGCGAAUCCAAGUUGACCAAGAGAUCCAAGUUUGACCAAGUUUUCCUACAAACAAACAAACAAACAAACACUCAGAUGCCAAAGUGACGAUUAUGAAAAAAACAAACUUGUAAAUAUUAAUCUAUAAAAACACGAGACAAGAAAAACAAACAAAAACAGUCGAUACCAUUUUUUUUUUCAGUGGUGUUUUUUUGGGGUGUGUGAAAGAGACACGUUCAGACAUGUCUUGAACAAUUAAAGAAAAAAAACAUAGAAAACGAGAGGAGCAAAAGACGGUGGACUAAUAAUAAUAAAUAAAAAAAAACACUUCGCUAGACUUUAAGAUUUAUAUAAAGAGAUAAAUGACUUGUUUUGUACAUAAGAAAUUUAUACUAAAACACUUGUAUGUGGACCUUUGCUAAGUGUCGAGGUUGCCAAGUUGUGUUUUUGUUUAAGGUGUUUUUCUUUUCUGGGGCUGGAUGGAGAAGGAGGAGGAGGAGGAGGAGGAGGAUAGCCCUUUUACUAAUAAUACUCCCGCGCCUAUAUACAAAGGUGCUAGACAUUGUGCCAAGUUUUUUUUUUUUUUUUAAUUCUCACGAUGAUAUUAAAGGAAAGAAAACGAAGUAAAAUAUGCGAAACGUGAAAGAAAAUACAAAAGAAAGUCACAUCCGAAAAGACAAAGAAAAAAACUAUGAAAAGAGAAAAAGAAAAGGAAAAGGUGAACCAGAAAAUAUACGUAAAAGAGAAAUAAAAUAAUAAAAAACGUACGAAGAAGAAAAAAUCAAAGUGAAAAAAAGAAAACAUGAAAAGAAAGAAAAUAGUGAACAAGAAAAAGAAAAUACGAAGAGAAAAGAAAAGGGAAAAAAAAUCUCAUGAAAGUGAAACACAGUAAAGGACACAUCAUCAUCAUCAUCAUCAAAAAGAAAAAGAAAAGGAAAACAAAGAAAAAAAGAAAAACGAGUGUGAGUGAAAAGCAAUCGGCAACAUAUCAGUAAGCAAGCGUUCGGAGGGCAAUGGUUCUGGAUCAGCGAAUGAAACAUGCUUCACAAAGGGGGUUCAAGUGAAACUCCUGCUGGUGGUUGUGUUGUUUGGUUGUUUAUAUGUCAGUUUCGUCUGCAAAUCACCAUGCAUCGAUCUGGGCAUUGGUGGUUGUGGUGAUUUGCAAGUAUGAAGCAAUUGAAGCAGUGAAACAUGUCUCGUUCGGUGCGGUUCGUGGGUUCGUGUGUGUGUGUGUGUGUGUGUGUGUCAGUUUCGUCUGCAAGUCACCACACACCGAUCUGGGCAUUGGUGGUUGUGGUGGUUUGCAAGUAUGAAGCAAUUGAGGCAGUGAAACAUGUCUCGUUCGGUUCGGAUCGUUCGUUUCGUCUGGUCGGGUUCGGUGCUGGUUAACUGAAGCUGCCAGACGUCUCCAUAUCGCUCAAUUUCUUCUCUAAUCACUUUAAUCGGACCAAUCAUCGAAUCCAACGCGCUAGACAGGAGGAAAAAAAAGAAGAGGAAAAGAAAAAGAUAAAAUGAGUCGAAUCGGUUUCAAUCACUCGAGGCGUUUCGAAUCAGCCCAAUCGAAGGUUUUAACACUUCUAAAAUUAAUUGUGUCCGCGCUAAUCCCUGGUGAAAAGGGGGGAGGGGGGGACGGAUUGGGGUGCGAAGAGGGAAAGGAAAGAGGUGAAGGAAAUGGAAUGAAAGUUCAAGAAUGUUUAUCGUGUUUGUUUGUGUAAAAAAUGUUAAUGAGGUUUGGAUAUAUGAAGGUUCGGUGGUAUCAAUCAGUCAGUCAGUCAGUCAGUCAUCACUUACUGCUAGUCAUCGAAUUAAAGAGUUAGUCAGACACAAGACCAUUCACAUUCAGCCACUCAAUCGCCAGUCAACCAUUAACAAUCUUACCGUCACUUAUAGACGAGGAAAGACAGUCAGUCGUUUAGUAACCUACAUCACAAUCAGUUAAGUCAGUCAUUCAGUCAGUCGAGUAAUUCAUUAAAAACAACAUUAGCUAUUCAGUCAGUCAUUGGCCUUAUCUGUCUUAAUUCAAAUAACCACCAACUCCCACAUCCAGAAAUAAUUGACGUAAGGAAAAAUGAAAAAAAAAAACCUAGAAAUCGAUGAAAACAUUAGAUAUUGAGUUAGAGUGAGUCAGUAAGUCAGUCAGUCAGUCAAAAUGCAUAAAAUGGUUGAGGGCGGUAGUUGACUGACUGAGCGUGAGUGAGGGAGUCAGUUGAUCAUGCCAGUCAGUCAGUAAGUCAGUCAGUCAACCCGUCAGUCAGUCAAUAUCUCGUCAAUCAGUCUGCCGGUCGGUCGGUCAUUCACUUUGUCAGUCGAUAAAUCAGUCAGUUAACCCGUCAGUAAUCAGUCAGUCAAAAUUUUCAGUCAGUCAAUCAUUCACUUGGGCAGUCAACAAAAAGUCAGUCAACACAUCAGUCAAUCAAUAUUUUUAGUCAAUCAGUCAGUUGAUCAUUCAUUUGAUCAGUUAAUAAAUAAGUCAGUCAACCAGUCAGUCAGUCAAUCAGUAUUUUUAGUCAGUCAGUCAGUCAUUUGGUCAGUCAAUUAAUAAGUAAGUUAACCUGUCAGUAAUCAGUCAAUCAGUCAGUCGGCCAUUCACUUAGACAGUAAUAAAUCAGUCAGUCAACCCGUCAGUCAGUCAGUCAGUCAAUGUUGGAUCCGUCAGAAGGGCAGUCAGGUGCGAGUGACAGACAGACGGACGGACGGACAGGUGCAUCAAUAGAGUGCCAAUUGUAGGCGGCUUUUUUUGGCACCUGUCCGUCCCGUAAUGGCGCGCGGCGAUGGAGUGGCACUGGGAUUAGAUUUUCCACCGAUCGGCUCCAUUAAUUAACUCCCGGGAUCAUUAUCAGCGCCAUAACAGUGAUGAUGAUGACGAUGAUGCAAACAACAACAACAACAACAACAACAACAACAACAACAACAACAACAACAACAACAACAAUAAUAAUAAUAAUAAUAAUAAUAUGAAAAGGUAAUGUCAGUUGAUUACAGGUGUUUCCUUACCUGUAUGUACGUUUUUCUUUCCUCAUACAUACAUACAUACACACAUACAUAAGUACACAAAUUAAAUUCUACUAUUACGGUAUGUUUUUUUUUUUCAUAUGCAAGUGUCCAUUGAUACAAAAAAAAAUAACAUAGUAUCUUAUUUAAUGGUUCUUUUUUUAACAUGUUUUACCUUUUUUUAAGAAUUCCUAUAACACAAAAUUAAUAUCAGUCUUUUUUAAGUCGAGUUGAAUUAUUCAGAUUUCAUCAAUAUUUAAAUUACGCUCAUUAAUUAUUAUUCUUGAUGUCAUAUCCAUUAUUUAAAGUGUUUCAUUAUUAUCACCAUUGUUAUCACCAUCAUCAUCAUCAUCGUCAUACUUCUUUUUUAUGUUCUCUUAUUACACACACACACACACACACACACACACACACACACAUCACUUCCCACAGUAGUCAAGACGUUUCCACUCGCUUCGCUCACUUCCCAGAACAUCCUCGCGGUUUUUCACCCUAUUUCGUUCAGUUAGACGAAGGUUCCGCUGGUUAUCGUGGAUCUCAAAGGGGGAAGAGGUCCACUGUAGCUUACAACCUUUCAAGAGGCGUCAGUCCACUUUGUUUCCUCCUUUUCUUACCUAAACCUGCGCCCGUUGUCUCGGUUCACGAACACAACGACGAAGCGAAUAAGUCUCCCUUGGAAACAAAAGGCCGAGGCUCGUUUUCUUUCCUCGUUGGGUCUUUUUCUUAGUUUUCGCUUGAGUGGGUUUGUUACUACUACUACUACUACUACCACUACUUCCACACAUAUACUACUAUUGCAUCUGUUUUGGACAAGAAAAUCCUUAUAAAAGAAAGAAAAUUUAAAUCGUAACCUUGGAAGCUCUUUGGGCAAUGAAAGUUUACUAGAAAAAAAAGUGAUGAAAGUGAUGAAAAAAAUGAAAAUUGUAGAAAUAAAAAUGAAGUGAAAAUUACGUGAGAAAAGUUAGAGAAAGAAAAUACAAGUGACAAAAAGAGAAUAAUAACAAGAAAUAAUUACAAUAGCAAGGAAAUAAUUAAAAAAAAACGUGAGAAAUGGAAAAUAAAAUAAAAAUAAAAACGGAUUCUCGGAGCGUUAGAAACGAAAAAGAAGGAAAAUACACAAAACUUUCUGUAUAAACAUUCGCAUAAACUUCUCGCUACAAAACUAUUGGGAUCAAAUUGGUUUUAAGUUGACAGUCGACGGUGUUAGUGAGCGGGAGUGAUUACAAGUGUGUUUAUAAGCGACUCAACCAACGCGACAAUCAAGAGGAAAAACAUAACACCUGUCUAACGCUAAUGACCGGGUGACUCCUCCAACCUGCCGUGGCGCAACUUAACCCUUCCUUGAUUCACCGUGACCCGAUCCUUUGAGAGCGCGAUUAUCCCACCGCUGUCACCAGUGUAUCAUUUUUAUAUUCCGUUUUUUUAAUCUUCUGUGUUUCUAAGUCACGCCAGCUUGGAGGCUUCAAAUAGCGUGUAAGUCCUUGUAUAAAUAAGCUGCAAGUGUAGUGUGCAUAUCGUGAGGCUUGUAAAGUAUACAUAACAAUAGGUAGCCUAGUAUCGAUAUAUUUAAUAACAGUAUAACAGGUACACAGAUUAUAUUAUAUAUAUCUAUACAUACAUAUACAUAGGGCGAGAGGAAAGGAAAAACAAUGGGUUGAGAUGCCAUAUGAUACUGUAUAUAGGCGCAUUGUCUAUUGUAUGUUAAUGUUGCUCACAGAUCGAGUCCUCUUUUUGUAGUUUGCUAGCGGGGAAGGCGUUGGAGGGAGCGGAGGAGAAAUGUUUAUUGUUGUUGAAGAGAAAUUGUAAUAGCAACUAGGGAUACAUGAUGUUCUUGGUGUGUGUGUGUGUGUGUGUGUGUGUGUGUGUGUGUGUGUGAGUGUGUGUGUAAAUCCCGUCACAUUCCUCGUAGCAGUGGGGAGGGGGUAGAGGGGGAGCUAGCCAAGAAAUAAACGACAUAGAAAACGGGAUUAGGGAAAGGGAAGGGGAGGGGCGACUUACCCAAAAACUCGAGAACUAAUAACACAAGGGUUUUCGAGGUUUCUGAGUCGCCCCCCCCCCUACCACCCCCCUUUUCACCCCUGCCCGGCCCCCCUCCCCCCUCCGGGCCGCUCAUUGUUGCCACAUAAACGAGCAAUGAUGCAGAGUUGCCGGAAUACAACGCAAGUGCCUUAGUGUUGUAAAAAGAAACUAGAAGAAAAAUGAAGACGGGGGAAGUAACUAUUUUGGUGUGUGUGUGUGUGUGUGUGUGUGUGUGUGUGUGUGUGUGUGUGUGUGUGUGUGUGUGUUUAUUUGUUUAUUCACUUUCAAUACUGUUGCUCUAAUGCUUUGCGAUGUCUAGUGUGUGUGUGUGUGUUUUGUGUGUUUGUGAGUGUUUUGUGUUGUGUGUGUGUGUGUGUGUGUGUGUGUGCGUAACUAUGACUCUUAAUAACUACUUUUUUUGUAUAGUGAGAAAGAAUAUGUAACUCCUAAGCAAUGGGUAGGGAAAUCCUUAUAUAUAUAAAUAACAAUAAUAAUUACAAUAAUGAUGAUGAUGAUAACAAAACGUGUGAAUACAGUAUACAGUGUGGUUUCAGAAUC